CUCGCGUACGGUACGGUCCGUCAUUCGUUCGUCGUGUUGUUCGAAAUGAAAGUUUUUUCUGUAGUGAAGAAAAUGGAUUAAAACAGCUUAAAUUGUCGUUGAAACGUUUAAAAAAUAGCAAAAAAUCAUGGUGAAUAUCUUAAGUUUCGGUCGAAUAUGUAAAACUUCGUAAAAGGACUAUGAUUCUUUACUAGCUUCCUUAAGCAACCGACAGCAACGCCAGUGAGCUCGGUUGCAAGCUUAGUGUUAGUGUUGGUAGAUGUGAUUGGUGAAAGUAAACUGAAGCAUACAACCCUACCUGUUACCUACCGUCAGUGAAAAAUUAAAGAAGAAAAAGAAGAAGAAGAAGUACCAUGGGUGAAGAUCUGCGUGCGAAAAUUCAGGUUUUCCGACCAACGUGGGAAGAGUUCAAGAAUUUCCCCAAGUAUGUCGAAUACAUCGAGUCGCAGGGUGCUCACCGGGCUGGAUUGGCUAAGAUUAUUCCACCACCGGAAUGGAAACCUCGGAAGUCCGGCUACGAUCUCGAUGAACUCAAUAUAACCAUCCCGGCUCCCAUCUGUCAGGUGGUUGCUGGAAAGCAAGGCCUCUAUCAGCAAAUCAACAUUCAGAAAAAUGCACUUACUGUGAAACAGUUUUCUGAACUGGCCAAUACGGAACGGUAUGCUACUCCAAAACACUUCGACUUUGAGGAUCUGGAACGUAAAUAUUGGAAAAACAUUACGUACGUCGCUCCGAUCUAUGGUGCCGAUGUCUGCGGAAGCGUCACUGAUGAAGACUGCAAUAUCUGGAACAUCAACCGGCUCGGAACCAUCCUCGAUUAUGUCAAUCAGGACUAUGGUAUCUCGAUCGAUGGCGUCAAUACUGCCUACCUGUACUUUGGCAUGUGGAAGACAACCUUUGCAUGGCAUACCGAGGACAUGGAUCUGUACUCGAUCAACUAUCUUCACUUUGGUGCACCGAAGACGUGGUACGCAGUCCCGCCGGAACAUGGACGUAGGCUGGAGAAACUAGCCAACAGUUGCUUUCCGGCGAGUUUCAAAACAUGUGCGGCGUACCUGCGCCACAAAAUGACCCUCAUCAGUCCGCAGAUCCUGAAGCAGCACAACAUCCCAUUCGAUAAAAUUACCCAGGAAGAGAACGAAAUCAUGAUAACCUUUCCUUUCGGGUACCAUGCUGGCUUCAAUCAUGGAUUCAACUGUGCCGAAUCGACCAACUUUGCGCUACCGCGGUGGAUUGAAUACGGAAAGCGAGCUACUCAGUGCUACUGUAGUUCUGACAUGGUGAAGAUCUCAAUGGAUACGUUUGUUCAACGUUUCCAACCGGACAAGUACGAAGCGUGGAUGAAUGGGACGGACUUCGGUCCUCAUCCGGAGGACUCCACGCACAUAGUGGGUCCACCACCACGCGUAAUAGAUUGCGACAAAGACGAAGGAAUCGAAUCGUUCACGGAAGAAGGUGAGCACACGCCAAUGAAGAAAGCCUGCAACAUUGCAACUACAAAUAUCCGGAAGAUGUCGUUCAAGGAAAAGAAUCCGGACUUGGAUUUAAAUGACAUACAGAACAAUCCACACAUUCCAGACGACGUGAAGAUGGUCCUGAGUGGUGCACUGGUGGCCGAUGAGGUAGAAGAAGAAGUAGAAGAUGCGUCACCAAGUAAAUCCGAUGCCGGCUCGGAUAGUUUCAAGUCCUCCUCGUACGAUCCGUUCGAUUCCGAAGAUGAUGACGAAGGUGAAGAAUUUAGUUCUAAAAGCAAGAAACGGAAGAAGAAGAAGCGAGCAGGUAGCGACUACGAUGACGAUUGGUACUCGUCACAAAGCAAAUCCCGACGAGUAUCAUCUCCUAGAAAAAGGCUGUCUAAAGAGCAACAGGCAGCCAAGACUGAGCGAGAAAAGCAACGCUUGGAGCGGCGAGCCACGCUCGAAGAGAAACGCAAAAGCCGUGAAGAGGAAAAGAAAGCUCGCGAUGAGGUACGUGAACGGGAAAAGAAUGAGCGAAUGGAGAAGAAGGAACGCGAUCGCCUGGAAAAGAUAGAACAACGCGAAAGAAACCCUCCGGACACGAAAAAGAAAGCAAUCGACAGGAUUAAAGAUCGCAUGAGCAGCGGAAAUCGAUCGCCCAAAAAGUCAAGCAAUGGAACGUCGCCGGCAAUGAAAAAGAUUAAGAGCCAGCUGAUGAGAGAACUCCCGCCGCAGUUGAAAAUUCUGGAGCACCACAAAAAAUUCGAAGAUCCGGAUGGUAUCAAACAGGAAGUCAAAUCGGAAGACGAGAAUAAGCCUGAACCGGAGCGUAUUGAAAACGGUGAACUGACCAUUAAGGAUGAAAUCAAAGCCGAGCCCUUGGAUGAGUUGAAUAUCAUCAGAGAGAUCAAAACGGAACCUAUCGAUGAACUGGAUAUCAAAAGGGAAAUCAAAUUGGAACCAGAUGACCAAAAGAUGACAAUCGAGGGCAUGGUUAAACGCUUCAAGCAACGCCGAAAACGAACCCCAUACAAUCGGCAUCAGUUGUUGGAACUAGAAAAGGAUUUCAAAAUCCAACAAUUUGUGAAUUACAAAGAACGUUGUAAAAUUGCCACAACACUUCAGUUGACUGAAUUACAGGUUAAAGUGUGGUUCCAAAAUAGAAGAGCAAAGGAUAAACGGAUUGAAGCUGGUCUUACCUCGCCAUGGUCUACCACUAGAUGGGUUUCAAAGAGCGGUAACGGCGCCCGUAAAUCGAAUGAUAAAUCAGGUGCGACCACUCCAACGCCAACAACAACAACAACAGCAACAGCAACAACAACCACAACAGUCGAUGCAGAGACUAAAACUGACGAUCCAGACGUACCGAUCGCAGACGGGCACGUGAAAGUGGAACUCAUCCAAUGCGAAAACGGGAAAUUCCGACAAAAACGUACUAACUUCUCAACCGAGCAACUGGAGACAUUGGAGCGGGAAUUUACCGAUAAAAAGUACCUUAGCUUUCUCGAACGAUGCCAGCUGGCGUCACAAUUGAAGCUCACUGAAACACAGGUGCAAGUGUGGUUCCAAAACCGUCGCUCCAGAUGGAAGAAAAUCAAGCCUGACCCAGAUAAUCCCGAUGGCAACAUGAAUGAUUCGAUGAUGAAAAUAAAAAACGAACCUAUUUGGAGAGAAAGCGAACCAAUGGAUACUUCCGGUUUGCAACCGAUAGGCAAUACAUCACCAGUUCAUUUGGAUCUGAAAAUGGAACCUACCCAGGUUGUGGAACAAACGGUUAUGGAAAAAUCGGAACUGGAAAUGAUCAGCGAUGCUAUCCGAGCCUUGUCCGGAGCCGACGAAGACCUCCAUCGCGGCGAGAAUGUUAUGGACUACAGCAAUGCUACUCCGUCGCUUGUAGCUGUUAAAGAUGAGCCAGCUUCCCCGGAAGAUACAACUUCCGCAUACCCUGCAUUAGAAUUGAUUGGUGGAAACUCCAUUCUUCCUUCAACAGACAUCAUAGAUCUAUCCAUUCCUUCUAAGAUUUUAACACGAGCACUUGAAGCAUUACAUCACAUUAAUCCAAAUGGUGAUUUUAAUAUUUCACAAGCCAUGAAAAUCAAAGACGAACCGAUCUGGACAGAUGAUUUGACAGAGGAAGCCAGUUCUAAGGAUACUGCAAAAGUCGUCGUAGAGGAACCAAAUGCUACAGAAGAUAAAUCUGUACAAUCCACUACAGAACCCACAGAUACAGUAUGUAACACUGAAUUGAAUGGUGAUUUAAAUUCGUUGGAAACCAUAACCUUCAAGCAUGAACCGAAAUGGCCUGAUAAUUUCAUUAUAGAGGAACCUAAACCUUUAGAUCUUUCGGAAGAUGCCGCAUUAAAGCGUGGUACAGACAAUGAAUCUGUACAACAGUCCAUUGCAGAACCCAUGGAUACAUCUCGACUUCAAUCCUCGGUUGAUAUGAAGGAAGAACCGGUUGUGAAUGACGCUCCUGGUGCUUCUCCAAAAUACGAGCCGCAACCGAUGCCUCUAGAUCUUUCGGAAGACUCCGUCUUGAAGCAUGGUACAGACAAUGAAUCUGUACAACAGCCCAUUGCAGAACCCAUGGACACAUCUCGACUUCAAUUCUCGGUUGAUAUUAAGGAAGAACCGGUUGUAAGUGACGCUCCUGGUGGUUCUCCAGCACACGAGCCGCAACCUAAGCAUCUAGAUCUUUCGGAAGAUUCCGUAUUGAAGCAUGAUACAGACAAGGAAUCUGUACAACAGCCCAUUGCAGAAGCCAUGGACACAUCUGGACUUGAAUCCUUGGUUGAUAUUAAGGAAGAACCGGUUGUAAAUGACGCUCCUGGUGCUUCUCCAGCACACGUGCCGCAACCUAAGCCUCUAGAUCUUUCGGAAGAUUCCGUAUUGAAGCAUGAUACAGACAUGGAAUCUGUACAACAGCCCAUUGCAAAACCCAUGGACACAUCUGGAUUUGAAUCCCUGGUUGAUAUUAAGGAAGAACUGGUUGUAAGUGACGCUCCUGGUGCUUCUCCAGCACACGAGCCGCAACCUAAACCUCUAGACCUUUCGGAAGAUUCCGUAUUGAAGCAUGAUACAGACAAGGAAUCUGUACAACAGCCCAUUGCAGAAGCCAUGGACACAUCUGAACUUGAAUCCUUGGUUGAUAUGAAGGAAGAACCGGUUGUAAGUGACGCUCCUGGUGCUUCUCCAGCACACGAGCCGCAACCGAAGCCUCUAGAUCUUUCGGAAGAUUCCGUAUUGAAGCAUGAUACAGACAAGGAAUCUGUACAACAGCCCAUUGCAGAAGCCAUGGACAUAUCUGGACUUGAAUCCUUGGUUGAUAUUAAGGAAGAACCGGUUGUAAAUAACGCUCCUGGUGCUUCUCCAGCACACGAGCCGCAAUCUGUCUUAAUCGAUAUGGUCGAGGAACCCAAGGAUUCUGCAGAAGAAUCACCCAUAGAUACGAGAGAAGAACCUGCCUGUCUUACUGAGGCAGAUGAUUCUCCAACUGCCGAACAUGAAUUGGACACUGAUCCAACAAGCGGUGUGACUGAGGAACUGGCGGACUCUGAAAAGAAAUCAAUAAUAGAUAUAAAAAUGGAACCUUCGUGUUGUUUUGAUUCCGAUGUUUCACCAAUAACCCAAACCGAAUUGGACUCUGAUCCCAUUACUGUGGCUGAGAAACUAAUAGACUCUAAGAAAGCCUCACUGACAGAUAUCAAAGAUGACCGCCCAGAUACAUCAACAUCACAAACAACCCAGCCUCAGCUCGUUGAAGAUAAUCCAACAGUCAGCGUCACCGAAGAACUGGCAGGUUCUGAGGAAAAAGCUACCUGUAAACCAUCAGACAGUUCGGCUUUGACAGAUAGUAAACCAAAUGAUGGUCCUGUUAGAACCGAAGACAGCUUAAGUGUGUUAAAAACCGAGCCCAUCGAUGGUGUUACCGCUGCUGCAGUAGCUCCAACUGAUGAAAAAGUAGAAUGUAGUCAAAGCAACGGAAUUUAAGAAGACUGGUUGGGGUCAGCAAUCAUCACGUUUUAGAAACUACGGAGAGAGGAAAAAAAUAAGAUUAUGUGAUUAGAUUUUUUUUAUAUAUAUAUAUUUUGAUGAUUUUGUUUCAGUAUUUUUACAAAAAAUUUCCUUAUAUUUUUGGAAAUCGGUUUAAUCGUGCUUUAGAAAACAAAAACGAUAAUUUUUCGUAGUUUAAGUUUAUUGCUUGGGAAGCUCAAGCCACGCGACAAAGGAUUCAAAUCGAAACAAGUGAACCAUUGUGCGAAAUUUCUCAUCGUGUUAGGUUUAUAUUUUAUUUAGGCAUUUUCAACUCACCCGUAAAUUGUAAUUGUAAACCAAAAGUAUGCAAGAGGUUUUAAAAAUUUAGUUCCAAUUAUUGCGAUACCGUUGGCGGAGCGAGAAAAGGAAAACUAUGUUUCAUUGUGCGUUUAUUUCUGUCCGUUGAUCAGUAUGGCGUUUGUGUAAAUGUUUAACUAAACUUCGAGAGCCACUUAAUAUAUAACUAUCACCUUAGACAUGUUUGUAGACAUUAAUGCAGGUGUGUUCAUCGGAACUGAUACAUCACGAAUCACGGAAUAAAAAUCAUACGAUUAAAAUAA